CUGGGGGAUGUGUCUCUGGAGCUGUGCUGACCUGACGCUGCUGCAUGUCAAAUUAGCUGGCUGCAGCCUUUCAGGGACACCUCUUGCGGACCGCCGGAGCCCACAGUGCAAUAAAUAUGGCAGCAGAGCUAUCCACUUCCAUAAACAUCAAGGAGCCCCGGUGGGACCAGACCACAUUUGUAGGUCGGGCUAAACAUUUCUUCACUGUCACAGACCCCAGGAACAUUCUCCUCACCGACGAACAACUAGCACAUGCACACAAAGUCGUCACUGACUACAGGAAAGGUAUAGUCUCUCCAGGACUGACAGAAGAUGAACUGUGGAGAGCAAAAUAUGUUUUUGAUUCGGCUUUCCACCCUGAUACUGGGGAGAAGAUGAUUCUGAUUGGCCGCAUGUCCGCACAGGUUCCAAUGAACAUGACGAUCACUGGAUGCAUGAUGACAUUUUACAAGACGACUCCAGCUGUGCUGCUGUGGCAGUGGAUCAAUCAGUCUUUUAAUGCAAUAGUCAAUUACACCAACAGGAGCGGUGAUGCUCCAAUCACGGUCAGUCAGCUUGGCACAGCUUAUGUGUCUGCCACCACAGGGGCAGUCGCCACCGCUCUAGGACUAAAUGCACUAACAAAGCACAUCUCCCCCCUGAUUGGUCGGUUUGUUCCAUUUGCUGCUGUAGCUGCUGCUAACUGUAUCAACAUCCCACUGAUGAGACAAAGAGAACUUCAACACGGCAUUCCCAUAACAGAUGAGAAUGACAACAGGUUAGGCGAGUCGACGAAAGCUGCACAGCAGGCUAUCUCUCAGGUUGUGGUGUCCAGGAUCCUCAUGGCUUCUCCAGGAAUGGCAAUCCCCCCGUUUUUAAUGAACCACCUGGAAAAGAAGGCCUUUCUGAGGAAGUUCCCAUGGAUGAGUGCACCUAUUCAAGUCAGCCUGGUGGGAUUCUGCCUGGUGUUUGCCACUCCACUGUGCUGUGCAUUGUUCCCUCAGAAGAGCUCUAUGCCAGUCAGCCGCCUGGAGCCGGAGCUGCAGGAAAAAAUCCGGGCCAGCCACCCCGGAGUGGAGAGGGUCUACUUCAACAAAGGGCUAUGAGCGUGCAGCCCCCCUCAUCCAAACACUGCCAUAACCCAGCUGCAGACUCAGUCCUCGCCUCUCAGCCAGCCCGCUUCAUUCAGUGUGCCAAAGUUAAGUUUGUGUCGCCUCAUUUCCACCGUUCAGAUGGAUAUCUGAGGUCUCCCUCUCUCAGUCGGUCUCUUUGUAAACAAGAUGUUUGCUUUUGUCACUGUGAUUGUUGAAAUUUAUUGUAACUGCUAGAGAAGAUUUUAUCCGACUGGGCCGGAUGAAAAAUACAAUGUUUAUCACGACAGAUACUGUAUAGUGGCCAGUGUAAGGUUGUUUUAAGUGGACAUUUAUUUCGGUGCAGUAUUUUUAAGUUGGUGACUUGUCGCCGCCAAACCAUUUCAUACUCUCCUACCUGAGGUUGGCAGUCGUCUUAUUUCUUACCUGCAUUAUAAUUGAUUAUAAUCAGUUUUUAACAUUGAUUAUUCAAAUACCUCUGCAUUUCACGCAUUUGCCAAAUCUGUCCUCACAAUAUUUUUUUAGACAACGAUUACAGCCUCCUACUCUUGACAGUGUAAUUUCAGAGAAUGGCAUUCACUUUAACUCUCUUUAAUUCAGUUCAUUUUGCCAAAUGAGUGACAUUCAGCGAGCCUUGAGGCCUCUUGACAUCUAAUCAUGAAUCUGAAAACCACUCUCCAGGGAUCCAACCUCUAAAAUGUGAUACUAUGAUGGUGGCAACCCUUGAUGGGCCAACACGGUGCUAUUUGAUGUCUUAAUAAUCAGUGUUUAUCAUUCUAUUUAUUCUGCUUGCCAAACAUGCAUGAACAAACCACUCCUCAUGAGAUUUAACCUCUGUGAAAAAUAAUUCUUCUGUAGAUCUAGUCACACCCGGGCCACACUCAGGAGAGCUGAACGGUGGUGACAAAAUGCGUCAUUAAUGUGAUCGUUUUAGCGAAACACACUGGUUCUCAUUUACUUAAUCCAUAAUCUCCAACAGUUAAUCCAGGAUUUUGUGAUCAUAGUAUUUGAUACCACCAAUAUUCAGCAAGUCAUUCAUGCCUUACACAGUAUGGUAUUUACUUUCUGUACCUUAAUGCAGCAUCCUAAGAUUAUUACCGUACAAAGUGACACAUUAUAAAUUUAUGUGGCAGCUUUAUCAUAUUGUUUUUGAUGUGUUAUAGUACAUUUAUAUAAACAUAUGUUAGGUAUGGAUGUCAGCACUGGGGAAAAAAUGCCCAAAGCAUUCUCAUGAUAGUAUUUUUCAAGACAAUGAUGAUAUACAGAGGGAUCCAUCUAACCAAUAUGUUUUAAAUAUGACUGCUACUUUGAAACUCAGCCUGGUGAGUUCCCAGUUAAAACCUUGAAUCAUUUCAGUAUUUCAUUAUAUUUUGCUGAUAAAGUAAGACAUCUGCACACCUUAGUUAUUGCAUACAGUUCCAUCAACACACGCUAUCGCGGAGAUAGAGCAGGUGCAGUCUCAUGGUGUAACUUUAGUUGUGUACCUGUCCUGCAGUCGUCAGCAUUCAGAUGAUAAAGCCCCAUCUGGUAUGUUUGGACACAGUGGGUGUAAACUGUGUCAUGUGUGGGCCUGCUGCUGUUUAAAGUCAAUGGCAUUUGUCUGCCAUAUUUACAGCUACAGUAUUUUACGCUUCUGGGACACUUUACAUGUUAGAUUUAUCGUUGAACAUUUUAAAAUCAGCGAUCAGAGUGAAAAAGAUGGACUUGAAGCCACAAAACCAACAAGCGAUAUUUAGCAACAUGAUCCUCAAUUUGAAACUUAAAAAUUUUAGGAUCCAGUGUGUGUGUUCAAAUCAUCCAAAUGAUGGAAAUGUUUCGAUUUCAAUUACAUCAAACGCUUGUGAACAAUGAUUUGUCUUCAUUGCAUCUUUUGCUCAUCAUGGUGUGUAAGUUCUGUAAGGUGUUUAAUGUUUAAUAUACUGUAAAUCUACUCCCAUAUAUAAGUAACUUUACUUUAGUGUUUCCAGAGCGAUGUGUUGGAGUUGGAGCCGUACCCUAGCUGGUUUGAAGUAAAGUUUGUUAUUCAAGUGUUAAAGGUAACUGAAUGUAGCAUUUUACAGCUGUUAAUGGUGUGUUAGUCCAGAAAAGCACAAUAUUGUAACAGAUUCCAAAUGCUGCAAAUUUAAAAAACAAACAUAAAAACUUGUUAAAGCUGUUCAGUUUCCUGACCACAAUGUUUCCCGGUACAUCCUUGAUCAGUAAGGGAGUAAAAAAAAAAAGAUACAUACUAAACUUGCCCUUUGGUAGACAUUUCCGAACCUCCGACUGCAUCUCAUCAGAACUAAUUCCCCUUUAAUAUGUUAAAAAAUAUUAAAUUAACCACCUGAUGAAUAACAUCAACAAGCUUAGAUCUACCAAAUGAGAUGAAAUGUCACUACAGCCAAAGCGAUACAAACAGACUCAAGAGGAAGAAGUCAUUUACAGUUUGCAUUAAUUGAAAUGAAUAUUUUAAAAUAUAUAUAUAUAUA